AUGCACUUUAUUGACCUACUCCUACACAUCGGUCUCUGUGCACACAUGACGCGACUUAUCACCAAACAGCUGCUGGAGCUGGAGGACCAAAAACACAAAUGCCGCCAGGCCAUGGUGAUAAUGGAGCAGCUGUUGCAUGACUACCAGCUGGAGCUCAACUCUCUCCACGUGAGAUCUACGGCUCUGAGAGCCAGCCUGUCCAGCACAAGAGAGAAACAUCACUACUUGGCCCUCCAGACUGCUACCCGCGAGAUGGCACCUCCCUACGAACAAGAGCAGCUGUCAAUUGAGUUCGCAGACAAGACAGCAUAUGAUAUGUCACUCCCACAUGACAAUACAGCUUGUGAUGGAACCCCUGCCGAGGUUGUGUCCCCCGCCCGCUCCGUCGAAAGUCUGGACACAAACAGCACCUCCCCUCCCGUCAACCCGCCAGGAACACACGUGCUGGUGUGUGGCAGAAGCGCAGCCAAACUCCGGCUCUACGGCAUUGGAAAGAGAGAUACAAAGAUUGGUCCGAUACCCAUCAGGAGUGGUAACGGCGUCUCCUACCGCCUGGGGUUUCCGCCUGGUAUGUUCCUUGACGUGGACUACUUUCCAGCUGGGGACCUGGAGGUGACCGACCAGAAGCUCACCGUGAUAUCCGGCUGUCCUCCUCUUGAAGGUCGAGUGCUCGACGAGAUUGAUCGUAUCGACGCUGCCUUUCUGGUUCACGGAGGAGUCUACCUGUUGUUCAAAAACUGCAGCUGGGGCACCACCUACACCAAGGAAGUCCUCGACUUUCUCCCCUCGGGGAUGGAGGUUGUUGAUUUGAGAAAUUGA